UCCUUUUCUCUUGCGUCCAAAGUUCCCUACAAUCGCGAUGAGCACUCCAAAAUACGUCGUGGGUCUCGACUUCGGCACUACUUUCUCCGGAUUCGCCUUUGCUCACAGGUCCAAUCCAUCCGACAUCCACUCCUUCUACGAAUGGCCCAGCGAGAGAGAAGUCGGGGCGAAGCCGUAUUGCAAGACGCAAACCAGCUUGCUCUACUCAACCUCCUCGCCAUCGCCUUCGUCCGCUCCAUUUCUCGAGCUCCAGCACUGGGGACACGACGCCGAGCGUCACAACUCGGGCAGCAUCUUCGUCACCAAGUUUAAGCUGCAUCUAGCUCCGGCACAACCUUCUUCUUCUCCUCCUCCUCUUCCUCCAUGGUUUCUUCUUCAUCGUGGUCUCAGCGUGGAGAAAGUAACAGUCGAUUAUCUCCGUUGCAUCUCUUCCUUUGCCAAGCUCCAGCUCAAAGAACUCUAUAAGAGCUUCUUCCGUGAGGAAGAAGUCCAGUGGUGCCUCACGGUUCCGGCCCUGUGGGACGACGCUGCCAAAGAAAAGAUGCGUACCUUUGCCGAGGCAGCAGGGAUCAGCAGCGCUGACUUUCCCGUCAAGAUCAUCCUCGAGCCGGAAGCCGCGUCCUUCUACUGCCAGACAAAGCUCAUAGACUCGCUCAAGUUCAAGAGAAACGAUACUUUCCUGGUUGCCGACGUCGGUGGUGGAACCAUCGACACGGUCGUCCACACCCGAGCGUUCCAAAACGGUGUCAAGGUCCGCGAGACUAGCGCUUGCUCGGGUGCCAUAGGUGGCGCAACGUUCGUGGACGAGAAGAUGAUGAGCUUCCUCGCGGAGAAGAUUGGAUGCCUGCCGGAGUUUGUAAAGCUCGCCAAGAAUCGAAUGCAGCUCACGAAAUGGUGGUUCCAAGUCAAGUGCUCCUUCGAUGGCUCGCCGGACUUUGCCAGCACCUGGACCAUCCCCGGCAAGCUCUCCAAAGCGUGGAGGAAGCACGACGAAAAGCUUGGAGUGGAACGAGACUAUGGCGAGUACGAUGAGCUCAAGGUUAACGCCGCCGAUAUCAAGGCCGUGUUUGAUCCCGAGGUCGACAAGAUCGUCCAUCUCAUCUCGCAGCAGCUGGACGGGAGCUCGGACAAGGUGAGAUACAUCUUCCUCGUCGGUGGAUUCGCGAACAACCCCUACCUCGUCACGCGAGUCAGGGAGGCGUUCAAAGAGAGAGUCGCGAAGGUUUUCGUGCCUCCAAAUCCUGGAAGCGCCAUCUGCAAUGGAGCUGUGAUGCUGGGCUUUGACGAUCGCCUCGUCCUGUCGAGGAUCUCUAGGAAGACUUACGGCAUGAGCUCCAUUCGUCCUUUCGAGGUCGGAGAUCCUCUCCAGUAUAUGCUCGUGGACGAAGAUGGCCACCUGUGCUGUGAGAAUAAUUUCCUGGUUUUCGUCCGGAAGAACCAGCCGGUUCCUCAAGACUCCAAGGUCGAGAGGAUCAUUUCUCCAGUCGGGAGCAAGCAGGAGAAGGUCAGGCUGGAGCUCUACACCUCGAUCAAAGAUCAUCCCAGGUUUGUGACCGAGGUGGGCAGCACACUGGAGGAGAGCUUCGAGAUCGAUGUGUCGAGUGGCGUGGAGCUGGGACGAGGGCGGGCGGUGCUAGUGAGUAUGUUCUUUGGGAGGUCCAUGAUCGAGGUGACUGCUCGCCGUCUCAACUUUGGCAACCGUGAAGAGGAGAGGGUCUGGAGUUUUCCCCUUGAAUCAAGCUACAAGUAGAGCUUUUCUAAGAUCACUGUAUCUAGAAUACCUUGAGAAGUGCAAUAGAAGGCUCGCGGAACAGGCAUACAUCUUGCAUCCUCCACAUGUCCCCUGCGAUCGCUCGCGCGGUGCGCAGAGGGCAUGUGGAAGAGGCCAGAGCUAUGCCUCCUGCAUUUAG